GUGAUAGUGAUUGGUGUCAUUCUGCAAUGAAUUCUACUAUUGUUCAAACUUUGAGCGUGCAAGAUAUAAGUGAAUCACUGAAAGGGUUCGGUAUUGCUGAUUAUGCAGUGUUUUCGUGCAUGUUAGUAGUAUGUCUGGUGAUCGGUGUUUUCUUCGGAUGGAAAGAUCACCAAAGAUGCCGGCAACAGAAAAUGUCGAGGCGAAAUUCCGAGGCUUUGGACUAUCUGGUUGGCGGUCGUAAGCUCAAAAUUUUCCCAGUUGCAAUGUCAUUAGUAGCGAGCUUCAUUUCGGGUAUUGCCUUGAUUGGAGCAUCAACAGAAACGUAUCUGUACGGAAUACAUUUUGGAUUUAUUUUUAUUGGUAUAAUUUUGAUGGCUAUUAGCAUGAACUAUUUGUUCAUUCCUAUAUUUCACGCAUUGGAAAUUACUUCUGUGUAUGAAUAUCUUAAUCUACGGUUUGAUGAAAGAGUGCGAUUACUAGGAUCAGUAUUAUUCACUCUGGCUACGUUACUUCAUUUACCAAUUGUAAUAUUCGUGCCUGCAUUAGCAUUUAACCAAGUUUCAGGAAUUAACGUGCAUUUCAUAACAACGGUCGUUUGUACAGUUUGCAUUUUCUAUACAGGAAUUGGGGGCAUCAAGGCAGUGGUAUGGACAGAUGUUUUGCAAACGAUUGUGAUGGUUGGAUCAUUGAUAUUAAUUAUGUGGAAAGGAACGUCAGAUAUCGGUGGAAUUGGAGUUCUAAUUGAACGAAAUUUGGCUAGCAGCAGGAUAGAACCUCCAAAUUUUAGUUUAGAUCCUACGGAAAGAGUCACUUUUUGGACAAUUAUUUUCGGUGGAGGAGUAUUUUGGAUAGCGAAGAAUUCGAUCCAUCAGAUGAUGGUUCAAAGAUACUUAUCAUUACCGUCAUUUCGCGACGCUCAGCGAGCUUUGAUUAUAUAUACAAUCGGAAUAAUAUGUAUAAUAUCUAUGUGUUUUUACAAUGGAUUACUAAUUUAUGCAACAUUUCAUGACUGCGAUCCAUUGACUACAAAGCUCGCUCGGGCCAAAGAUCAACUGGUGCCACUACUUGUUAUGAAGGUACUUGGCGGGUAUCCCGGAUUGGCUGGUCUUUUCAUAUCAGGCAUUUUUAGCGCCUCACUUAGCUCUCUAUCGACGGGCCUGAAUUCCUUGGCAGCCAUUGUGCUAGAAGACUUCGUUAAGCCACUCCUCAAAAAUCAACAGACAGAGCGACAAACUCGAUAUUUGAUGAGAGGAACUGUAUUUUUUUUCGGUACAGUUGCCCUUGUACUUGUAACACUAGUAGAAAAACUCGGAACUGUUCUCCAGUUAUCCAUGAGUUUGGUUCCAAUUUCACUUGGGCCUUUGUUAGGGAUUUUCCUAACAGGAAUGUUGCUCCCGUGGGUCAAACCGAAAAGUGUUUUGAUUGGAGCAGCAACAGGUCUACUUAUAAUGGCUUACAUUGUCAUAAGAGGUCAGAUAGCAAUUGCUGCUAAAGAAAUCAUUUAUCCUGUUAAACCCGUUUCGAUUGAAGGAUGUUUGUAUACGUUUGACAAUAGUACAGUGAUGGCACAACAUCCAGUAUCAAUUGAAAAAUCUGUUCAUCAUGUUUCGUUUCUUUACUACACACUUAUUGGAGCUAGUGUGACGUCGGUGUCUUCACUCUUGUCCAUAUUUGUUUGUGGUCGACAGGAUAUUUCGAAACUUAACCCACUGCUCAUCGCACCAUUUCUUAGACAGUAUUUUUAUUCUCCGCGCCAUUCUAACAAUGUUGGUGUAGUUCAUUCCUUCAAAGAAGUUGAUACGAAAUUGUAAUCAUCGUUCUAUUUAAAAUAAUAAACUGUUCUAAAAUA